AUGGUUCCGAUGCGUAAGUACCACUGGGUCAGGUGGGAAGCGCUCUGCAAACUAAAGUCCUUGGGGGUACUAGGCAUCAUCGACACGAGGCUCAUGAACAUAUGUCUCAUGACCAAGUGGAUUUGGAAGCUCUAUGUUGGGGAGCAAGGGUUCUGGACGGAUAUUCUCCGGUACAAAUACCUCAGGUCAAAGGACCUCCUGGUAGACUCCCACAGACCGGGGUCCCAGUUCUGGAACUCCAUCCAAAAAGUUAAAUCUAUGUUUUCGCAGGGAGUGAAACACCAAGUGCGGAAUGGGGAGUCCACCCACUUCUGGGACGAUUGGUGGCAAGGGCAGGGGCCCUUCAAGGACCGCUACCCCACCCUCUACGACAUUGCGGCAGACCCACACGUCACGGUGUCCGGCUGCUGCUCCACCGAGGGAUGGCAUAUUGACUUCCCCCGAGGCUUGGGAGCCCACGAGCGGGUCGAUCUGAACACCAUCCUUGCUGGGGUUAUGGGCUUCCAUCUUUCGGAGGGACAUGACGUUAUCUCCUGGGUGCUUGAACCAUCUGGGAAGUUUUCGGUAUGGAAUCCAGUGGUUAGGAGACGAGACCGGGAGGCGCUGGAGCAGGUGAUUGGUAGGCUUCGCACGCUUCAUGCCAGCAUCAGGAACGGCGUGGACUGA